AACAUACCAAAGUAAAUAUGGCCUACGGAGGAGAAUUUGGUGUCGCCGUCAACGAAGGACCAGGAUGGAUGCAAUUUCGCCACACCAAGGCAAAAGAACAGUUAUUUACCCCCGAGAACCAGAAAAUACCAGCGACGAUGUCUGCGUCGUGGAAUGCGUGCGCGAAGAAGUAUAGUGAGCAGAAAUGCCUGGGAACGCGCCAACUUGUGUCGUCUGAGACUAUCAAAGACCCAAAUACGGGAAAGGAAAUGGUAAAAUGCACUUAUGGAACCUACAGAUGGAUGACUUACAACCGCACAAAUGAGCGCAUUCAGGCGUUUGCCAAAGGUCUGAUCUCCAUGGGUGCUAAACCCAAGGAGAAUGUGUGCAUUUUUAUGAACACGAUGGCGGAUUGGCAGGUUGCUUCACAGGCUUGUUUUCAGUCCGGUAUCGUUCUGGGCACAAUCUACGCCACGCUUGGUGACGAGGCAUUGGCCUACGGUUUCAAUCAAACUGAGUCUUCGACUGUGAUCACAGAAGGUGCUCUGUUGCCCGCGAUUGUCAAGAUUGCAAAGGACUGUCCUCAUCUAAAAAACAUUGUAUACAACGGAGAAAAGCCCAACGAUGUUGAAAUUCCCGAAGGUAUUACUUUGCAGGCUUUUGAAGAUGUCAUUAAAACUGGAAAGGCUUCAGAUGUUACAUUUGUAGAACCCAAGCCUGAGGAUAUUGCUGUGAUCAUGUACACGUCCGGUUCCACAGGUCUGCCCAAGGGCGUCAUGCUUACACAUCACAAUAUGGUGUCCGCAUGUAUUGGGUUUAAAGAGGCCCUACCGGAUGUUGUUCCUGGAGAAGAUUGUUUUAUUGGAUUCUUGCCCUUGGCGCAUAUUUUUGCCCUCUGCGCCGAAAAUUUCCUACUCAAUAGUGGCUGUAUGAUAGGUUAUGGCGGCGCUCUUACUCUUACGGAUAACUCUCCCAAGAUCAAAGCAGGGACCAAGGGAGAUAUCAGUGAGCUUAGACCUACCUACUUGGCAGCAGUGCCUACCAUCAUGGACCGCAUUCGUCAGGCCGUGACUGGUAAAGUGGCCGCCGGAUCGCCUCUGGUUCAGAAGCUAUUUAACAAGGCUUUUGAGUCCAAGAAAGCGGCCUUUAAAAAGGGAAAGGGCACACCUAUCUGGGACGCCAUCGUAUUCAACAAGAUCAAGGCAGUUCUGGGUGGUCGUGUGAAGGAGAUUUUCUCCGGAGGUGCACCUCUGGCAGCUGAUUCACAAUUGUUCAUCAACGUCGUGUUUGGUGUGCCUGUGUGCCAAGGUUACGGUCUCACCGAAACUUGCUCAUCCGGUACAAUUGCAUCUGAUAAAGACCGUGACUCGUUCGGUAAGGUUGGAGGACCUCUAGCUGUUGUGGAUGUGAAGCUUAAGGAUUGGGAAGAGGGUAACUACAAGGUUGCAGACAAGGACGAUAAGGCUAUCGGCAUGCCUCGUGGCGAGAUUUUGUUGAGUGGUCCAUGCAUUGCCAGCGGCUACUACAAGAUGCCCGAGAAGACUGCUGAAGAGUUUAUUAGGGACGAAUCUGGUCAGAUGUGGUUUCACACUGGUGAUAUCGGACAGAUACAUAAAAACGGAAACCUGCAAAUUAUUGACCGAAAGAAGGAUUUGGUAAAACUGCAACAAGGCGAAUACGUGUCUCUGGGUAAGGUAGAGAGUAUGUUGAAGGCAGCGAACUACAUUGACAACAUGAUGGUAUAUGCCGACCCUUUCCACUCUUAUUGUAUUGCGAUUGUAACCGUCCUGCCGCCAGGCAUCGUUGCUUUCUCGGAGAAGAGCGGUAUUCAGAAAGAAUGGGCUGAGCUUGUGAAGGAUCCCAAGGUUGUCGCAGAAGUUCUAGCAUCCUUGCAAAAGGAAGCAAAAGGCAACAAACUCGCAAAGUUUGAAACACCACAAAAACUAUUUAUUGAAGCCGACCCAUGGUUGCCCGAGAGCGGUCUGGUCACCGCGAGUUUAAAGCUGCAGCGCAAUAAUCUGAAGAAACACUACGAGGCUGAUAUCGCCAAGAUGUUGGAGUAAACCAUGAAUAUAUGUAUGAUACUAUAAUAUUAAUGAAUAUCAUAAAUAUAUGUACGAUGCUAUAAUAUUAAUGAAUACACAUAAAAUAUAUA